CUUCAAUGUCAGUGAAAACCAUCAAUCUUUUGUUUCCGAAACCCAAACCCAAACCCUAACCCUAACCCUAACGCCCGCCAUGAUCUACGACGUGAAUUCGCCUCUCUUUCGCUCCUUCCUCAGCCAGAAGGGCGGCGGCAUGGCCUCCGACAAGCGGAAAUCUGAAGAGCAGAAGCCAAAGGAGCAUAAGCCAAAAGCCAAUGAAAACAAGCCCAUCAUGACGGAAUGAACCAAAUGUGAGUGAGAGGGAGUUUGUGUGCACAACUACAAUGCUUUUAUUGAAACUCUUAUGAAAUGUAGUGCCUGGAAAAACCUUUCGUGUUUUACAUUCAAUUCCUGAGUCUUCAAACUGAGUAAUGCAUUCAUCUUUCUGCUAUUAUCUUUA